AUGGCACGCUCCCGCUACUUUGACGAUGCGGUGUCAAUCAACGAAGAACAGGCUAGAUCAUAUCCAGAAGGAGACGCAGAUGGCCCAACUGAAGAUGAUAUCCAGCUACUCAGGCUGCAAGGUGCAUUCGACCUCCCACCACGAGCUAUCCGAGAAGGAUUGAUUAACACCUUCAUGGAACGAUGUUCACCAUGGAUGCCGAUAAUCGAGCGGAGCUGGCUAGAAGAAAGCGGCUCUCAGAAGCCAUCCAUGUUACUUCUCCAGUCUGUCUUCGUCGCUGCGAGCCGAGUCACAUCUGCACCGGGUGUGACUGCGUACGCAUCUUUGCAUCAGUUUUAUCGUCGCGCGAAAGCUUUGUUCUGGUCUGGAUAUGAGAGAAAUCCAGUGACUGUCGUCGCAGCAGUGUGCAUUUUGCAUUGGUAUAACCCGGAAGGUCCUGAGCAUGUGUCCACCAAUACCAGUGGAUUCUGGCGAUAUGUGGGAGUUGGGUUAGCUCAUCAGAUUGGAUUGCACAAGGAGCCAACGAAUAAAAGAGAUGCUGCCCUGAGGCGCAGACUGUGGUGGACUCUAUAUGUAAGUCAGGAAUGCGUUUUUUUCCUAGCACAGAAAAACACUGACACCAGACAGGCUAGAGAUUGUUGUAUUUCUGCAGGACAGGGCCGGCCACUAGCAGUGAAUCUGGAGGACUGUGAGGUGGCACCGCCUUGUCCCGAGGAUUUCCAUGAUUCAAGCUCAAAUGCCACUCUAUUCAUCGCAUAUGUUGAGAUCAGUUCUAUUCUGGGCCAUCUCACCGAGUAUUGUCGUCGCAAGACCCUCACACGCGAGGCCCGACAGAACCUCGAGAAUCGUUUAUAUCGAUGGACACGCGAUCUUCCACCCUCACUGCGUUUGUUUUGCAACCGGAGUACCUCAAAUGAUACAGCAUCACCGGAAAGAACACUGGCUCGAUACAACUUUGAAGCACGUCAGCUCCACAUCCCAUACUUUACCUGCCUGGCAAUCAUGUGUCGACCCAACCCCGGGGAGUCCGCGUCACCAGGCGUGCUUUUAGCAUCGUCGUUUAUCGCCGGGAUAUAUGAAGACUUCCUUGCUCGAGAUGAGAUCCAAUUCCUAAGCCCGGUAUUCACAUUCCACCUUUUGGCUGCCGGAAUCGGGCUUCUCUCCUGCAAUAACGUACCAUCACACCGGGAGAAGGCAGCAGUUAGCUUGGAAUCCAUUUACCUGGCCCUCGAGGAACUUGCAAAACGCUGGUCAUCUGCGAAAGGCAGUCUAAGAGCAUUGAAGAGCAUUGCUGAAAAGCAGCGGAGCACAUCCACAAUAGACGAAUUGCCGUCGAUGGCGCUCUCUAGAGAACAUCAUCCGUUUUUUGAGGGAUUUGGCCCGGAUCUCUCCUGGGCUUGGUCAUUUUUCAUGGACCUCGGACAAGCUGUGGGAAAUGAUGGGAGCACAUAUCACUUUAUGGGAACCGGGAUUCCAGAGCUAGGAAAUUGGGCCGAGUCCCGGGUACCGGAUGCUAUAUCUUCGGAUGAAUACAGGCCACUCACUACGAUGCUGGACCGCAACAAAGGCCUCGCUAUGGGAGAUAUGUCGCAAGAUAUUUCAGGUGAUUUCUUUAAUCAAUACCAGGGAAUGGGAGACUGGCUGUUCAAGGAUUUGGAAUGGAAUGGCGAGAUUGCCUAG